AUGCCAGACUUCACACUCGAAACGCGCCACGGCAUAAUAAGUGUCACAGAUACAGGCCUCAAGAACUCUUCUCCAGCGCUUCUUCUGCUCCACGGCAACAGCUCGUCCUCAAAAAUCUUCCGGCACUUACUCGCCUCACCUACUCUAACGACACAAUACCGACUGAUAACCUUCGACCUUCCAGGUCAUGGAGCAAGUAGUAACGCCGCCUCACCAGAGGCUACAUACACCAUGGCAGGCUACGCAGAUCUCGCAGUCCACAUCCUGGAACAUCUCUGCGUCGAAUCCAUCGUUAUCCUGGGCUGGAGCCUGGGCGGUCACAUCGCUCUGGAGAUGGUUCCUCUCCUCAAGACCGCGAGUGAAAGAGAAUCCCGCAUCGUUCACCUCUCUGGGCUGAUGCUGAUCGGCGCUCCCCCUGCGCUAGGUGCCGAGCAGUGUACACAAGGGUUCAAGGUUCCGACCAACCCCGACGAAGGACAGGAGAACUUGAUGGCCAAAGUGCUCUGGACGGAAGAGCAAGCGGAGACGAUAGCGCGCAGUUCGGCCCCCGGUGGUAAAUCCGAGCUGUUCGAAGACUGGAUGCGCAAAGACGCUAUCCGAACUGAUGGGCGCGCGCGAAUGAUGAUGUUCAAGGCUUUUGUGGAGGGCCGAGGAGUCAAUCAGGUGCAAGUUGUGGAAGGGGAGGACGUACUAACUGCGGUGAUCAACGGAGCAGAGGAGCCGUUCAUAAAUUUGGAUUACAUCGACGGGUUAAAUUGGAAGAAGCUUUGGCGGGGAGAAUGUGUGAGGUUGGAAGGCAAGAAACAUGCGCCGUUCUGGGAAGACCCAAAGGGGUUCGAGGCAUUGCUCUUGGAGUUUUUGGGAGACUGUGGGAGUGAGAGCGAGGCGUAG